GUGCAAGGGCCAAGGAACGUAAUAAAUCGGUGUCUCCAAGGAAAUAAUAUUGAUGUUUUCUAAAAUUUAAUACUUGUUAUAGGUAGGUACGAGAUACGAUUACGAGAUAUUGAAUUUUAUUUCAGAAUGAACAAUACUUUGAUUGGAGAAACAGAACUGAUUUAUUAGGGGAAGUGCACUAGAAAAUAAUUGUAAAAAAUGCAAAGAAACCAGAUUAAUUUCUGUAUUAAACAUCAUGGCUAUGGAUGCUAAGGAUUUACGAACAGACUCUGCUCUAAGUGCGCCGAUCAACGAUGGCAACGCGAGCUACAACCCAAGUAGCACUCCACUACAAUCAAAUCGAAAUAAGUCAUAUCAAGAUAUUGGAUCAAAUUCAUUGGGUAAAGUGGAAUCGCAGACCACGCGACCGUGUGCUAUUAUAGGCCCCGAUAGAGUAUUACCACCGCCCCCUGCCAGCGAUGUAUAUCUCAAAAAAGCAUCAGUCGAUCCAUGGUCAUGCAAUGAAAAUGUUUACCGACAUCAACCAAAUUUUAUGCAGAAAUUACCAGAUUAUCAGCAGGUACGAAACAUAUCGCCGAGAGAAACAUUUCAAGAAAAUAUGCAGCGGAUCAUGGUACCGCCUUCAUAUAGUUCAUCUAAGAAUACAGAUGAUCCUAACUCAAAAAAUUCCAAAGUAGACAUGCCAUUAGAACUUAAGUAUAGUGAAGUGCCUUAUACUAUUAAUCCUGUGAUUAAUGGACAAAAAAGUAUUAGAAACUCGGAUAUACCUUUGACGAAUGUGAACCCGGCAUUUACUAGAAGUGUUCCUCCCCAUGCUUGGGCCAACAGCGGUGGUACCAGACCAUUAAGGCCCUAUGGUGCACCUGAGUAUUAUCAGUACCCAGAGUUAUCUAACUUUAUGAACCCAAGAUCAAUGUUGAGGCCUCAUCGGACUCCUCAUGAUGAUGCAGCUCAAGUUAAUGCUGAACGUCUCUACCAAGAAGGAAACAUGCGGUUCAAGCCAUACCCAUCAAUAAAGGAAAGGUAUCCUCAUGUCAGGUACGAUUAUCCUAAUAAAUACACUAAUACAUUUCACCCACAUGCGCCUUUCCCACCUCAGAAAUAUGAAUUGUCUAAAAAUGUACCACCUCAUCCUUAUCCCAUGUAUUCACAAGUUCCUAUGAGGCGAAUUGCAGAACCAAUUUUAGAUUCAUACCAAAGAUCCAACCAACAAACAAACUUCAAUCCUUACCAUAAUCAGUACAUUCCACCUCCAUACGGGUCAGUGCCAGGGAAUUGUAUUCAAAACAAAAUGUACUCUCAUCAAUCUGAGUUGUCAGCUAAACAAUUAACACCAAAUAAAUUGCCUUAUGAUGUGAAUAAUAAGAUAUAUUUGGAGUAUGAAAAUAAUAGAAACAAAAUAUAUCCUCCUGUUGACCAUAUGUAUUAUCCUGAUCCAAAUAGACCACCAGGAUCAAAAAGUGAUGUUAUGUUACCUAUACACCCUGGACAUAUGCCAUAUAAUAUGCCUCCGCAAUAUAUGUUUAGAAAAGACAACAUUCCAAUGAAACCAUUUGACAAUAUACACUUUCGAAGUGUAGAACAAAAUGUUCAUGUUAAUAGCCCUUUAUUAAGACAUCCCUUACAUUUUUCUCCAUCCGGAUUAGUAAUUUCACCUGCAGAUUCUAAUACUAGUAAUGAUAAUAUACAAACACUACAAGAAGAUUGUGGCUAUGUUAGCCAAUCAUCUUCAGCUAGUGGAAGAAGCAUUGACUCUGGAAAUUAUAGAAUUCAAAAUGAAAUGUACAGAAACCAUGAGAAUUUCUAUAAUUCAAAUAUAAGGAAGUUUCCAAAACAAGUAUCUAGGUCACAGUCAGUUGGGAAUAGUUCAGAUAAGAAAAAUCUUGAUGUGAGACAAUUUUUGCAAAUGUGGAAUGAAGGGGAAGAGGAAGUAACUGAUAGUAAUAAUGCCUCUACCAGUUCAAGCAACUUCCCUAAAACUUCAGAGACAAUAAGUAACCAAGAUCAACUGUAUGUUCUUGGGCUUGUUAAUAUACCAACAGAAGAGUUAUCAAAAUAUGAGCAUAUUCAAAAAAUUUCAAAAUUACCCGAAAAUAUAAAGGGAUAUAAUAGUAUUGAGCUUCUUGAUCAAUAUGAACAGCUGGUUGAGUCCCCUGCACUAAGACAAAGCAAAACAAUAAUGAAAGAGUAUCAAAUGUCUCCUAAGCCCAUAGUAAAACAACCCCCACACGUUCCACGUCCUAUUUCGCCUUUAGAUGUUGAAGCUAAAAUAAGUCAAUCAGUCAUUCACAAGGAAGUAGGAUGUAACUUUGAAAUAAAGCCAUGUAGCCCAAAAAUGUUAAAUGUAGAAGUUGCCACUCCUGUACAGAAUAUAUUAGAUGAGAGAGCAAUUGAAAAAGUUAUUAAUUUAGGUAUUGGCAACUCCAGUCCAACAGUGCUCCCCAAUAAGUCAGAAAACCCAAUAACAAGUUGUAAAAUGAAUUCGCCCUUCAUGUCAAAUAAUGAUUUAAUGAAAUCCAGUAAUUAUAUAUUUCAAGACCUCGAAAGCAAUUCGGGUGUAUGUCUUGCUUCUUUGCCUCGUUUAGACAGCGAUUUAGAGCUUAAUUUUCCUGAAAUAAAUCAACAGUUUAUAGAUGCUAACAACAUUCAUAAUAUUAAGCCAGAAAAUAUUCCCUCAGACACAACAUAUACUACUAAUUUACUUGAAGCCGAAUCCGAUUUUGUUACUGACAAAGAGACUCCAAAAUUAAGCAAAUAUCGAAAAACUAAAACGUAUGACUUCUCUCCUGAUGAUAUUGGUCAUAGGUCCGCUAUGAAUCGAACUGAUAGUGUUAUUAUAAAAAAUCCAGAUAAUAUUAGAAAGAAUGAAGAAAUUCAGACAAAUGUUACAACAAUUAUGAAAGAAAAUAAAGAAACUGAUUUUAAACUGAGUACAACAGAUAAUGUUAGUACCCUUUCACCAUUAAAAGCUGUUAAUACUCCAGAGGAUUGUAGUAAUACAGCAAUCGAUUUCAGUUUUAACAAGAUUAAUGAGAACCAUGAUUAUAGCUCUGACAGCAAAAGUGUACUGAAUGACAUGGAUAUCGAAAAAUAUGAUCAAAAGGUGAAUGUAUCACAGUGCAAUAAUAAUAAUGAUUCAUCUCCAAACUCACCCGUAAAAAAAGAUCUCAAUAAUAUAAAUAGUUCAAAUUCCAAUGUAAGAACUGAAUAUGCUACGGAAAUACCUUUAUGUUCACCUUCUAGUAAAGUAAAUACACAGACGAUUAUUGACGAAAAAGGAAACACCGAUAUAUACAAUGCUAAUGAUGUAAAAAAUAACGAUAAUAUAAAGGAAGACAUGCUUAGUGAAGAUCGUCACUAUAAAACUAUUCAAGCAAACAUGCAAAUCACUGAUUGCCUUACAAUUGAUGAUUCAGAUGUAAAAGAAAAUGUUAUGUUGAAUUUACCAAUACUUGAUGAGGAAGAAAAGGAGAAUGUAACAGCUUUAAAUACCAUUGUGAACACAACUAAGCUUGCUCUUAGUAAGGGAAAUCAUUCUAUAAUUGAAAAUACUGAAUUAAACUUGAACAUAUCGCCUCACGAUCAGAAAGAAAAAACCGAUUAUAAUGAUCAAUCAACGGCGCAGACGGAACAUGUCCAAACGCAUAAUGAAUAUUUCAUUAUUAAAAAUAGUUGUUAUAAUGACUAUAAUGAUAAUACAAAAGAAAAUGAAAGCCACAACAAAGACAUUUGUCAUAUGUCACUGAAUAACAAUGUUACUGAAGAAUCCGUUGAUAAGUUACUAGAAGAAGAUAAUUCUCAAGAAAUUUUGGCAGUCGAAAAAGAAUGUACAGUGCUGAUGAAGCAUACAGCCGAAAUAGUAAAUACUCAAAUGGGUUCACAUGUAUCUGAAAUGUCUGACCAUAGGGAUACGUCUCAUCAAAUUAUUUCAUAUAGCAAAGAUAAACAAAAUCACGUUAUGUAUGAUGAAUAUGUCAACAGUGAUAAACAAAUUUGCAGUAAAGACAAUUUAUGUACAAACAAUAUAGUUGAGCAUUUUUUGACAAGCACAAUAUCGCAAGAUGUACAAAGUAUGGCACAAAAUAGACCACUAGUAACAGAAAAAACGCAAUUUGAAUCAAAUAAAGCAUUAAAAUCACUCAACGAGAUACAUUCGAUGGAAAUUGAAGCAAAAACAAAUAAUAAUGAGCAUGGAAUAAGUGAUGAAAAUAAAACUGUGAUAAUACAAAAAGAUGAUCGAUUCCAUUCUAAUUAUAUUCUUGAAAAUGAAAAAACAUUUAAUUCAGAAAAUAUAAUCAGUACUCAUUUACGCAUUGGUGAAAAGGACUUACAAAUCCCGUCCCAUAGUGACGAAGAUAAGCAAACAUCUCAAAUAAAAAAUCAAGAAAUAGAAGAAAUUGAAUUUUCUUCUCAUACAUUAUCAUCCCAAUUAAACAAAGAAGACAAUCAAACACUUACCGAUGUAGGGUUAGAAACAUCCAAAGAUAAUACACACAAUGUAAAAGCGAAAUAUUCCCAUACAGGUUCACAUGACACUUUGGUGAAAACUGCUGAAGUUGAACAUAGCUUAAAUAAUAAUUUUCAGCGAACAGCGGACUUUCAAGAAGUUGAAGAAGUCCAAAAAGAAAAUUUAUGUCUUAUUAAGAUUCAGGAAAUAGAGCGAGCGCAGGAAUUAGCUUUUGAAACAUCUUUAGAAAAUCAAUUUGAAAUUAAACGAUAUGUCCCAACUCACGAACAAAGUAAAAAAACAAGAUACUUUUCAAGUAAAUAUUUUUCGUGGCGAUUACAAAAUCUCAUUAUUUAUAAUGAGGGUAUCAGCAAAAGCAUAGACACAGGUGAUAAUGUUUCAGAGCAAAAAAUGCGUGUUCGCUUAAUCGAUGAAGGCAUUCAACCUAAGAAACUAAAAGAAGAUAAUGAAGACAGAGUAGAGGCGAAUUUUCGAGCAACAAUCGUACCUUUGGGAUCUGACUCUUCUGUAGACGAUAAGAAUAUCAAAGAACAAUGCAAUAAUGCUUUCGCACAAAAUGACCAAGAUAUCUGUGAUAAUUACAAUGACAUAAAACAUACUAAAUUUUCCGAAGAUAAAAUAACAAAUAACGGAGUAUCCAACCGCCGCACUUUAAAAAGAUCAUUAUCAGAUUCAGCUAUUGCAUCGUAUACUAACAAUACAACAGACCAUUCUCUUGUAAAAGAGCCAAAAAGGCGAAGAUUGAUAGCUGAGGAGAUUUUAGAGACUCCAGAAGAUGAAGAGUUUUCGAGUUUUAUCCAGAAUCAUAGAAGAAAUUCUAUAUCUACAAUAUGUAACAAUCAAAACCUGUUUAUUCUAAUUGACAACGAUGAAGAAUAUGUUAUUGCGCAAGAUGAAGAUGAUAAUACUAGUAAAAUCUGUUUCACAGAAGUUUCCACUGCAUUUUGUAAUUCAGCUGAUGCCAUCCUUAAUUUAUGCGUUUCUAACGAAUCUGAAGAAAUUUCGUUUACUGAAAGCUUUACUUCGGAUAUUUUAGAAUCAAAUGGUGGGCAGACUCUGAAAAACGAUGCAGUUCGUGACACUUGGGUGGAGGAUAUAGCCUGCAUAGAGACAGUGUUUAAUGAUGAUGUUGCUGAAGAUAUCAUCAUAAGUGCGCCGACUUCUCCAAACAGUUUGUCUAGAGAUGAAAAUUAUGAUGAAAGUAGCACGUGUUCUGAGAGUGAAAUUGAUCAUAUGGUAAAAGUAAAGGAAAUAUAUGGCAACAAUUUGUGCGUCGAUGACGUUCAGCUCGUUGAAACAUUAUAUAAAACGCCUCAAAUGAACGUUAAUAAAACACUGGUUGAUAUAGAAUCUCAUAAUGGACAAGAAGUAUCUAAUGAUGAAGUAUGCAGUCCAAUGACCUUCGACGAUGAAGCCAAAUCCCCAAAAUGCGAUAGCCUACCACAAUCGGAACAUUAUUUUAUUAAUAAUGAUAUUAAAGAUUUAUUAGACAACAAGGAAAAUAAAAUUCAUAAAAGUCCUUCAUAUGAAUGCAACUUUACAAACGUUGAUAACAACUUAGACAGUAUCCCAUACGAAAAACUUCAAGAAUAUAGUGAUUGCGUGGUAGAUUCUUGUGAUAUAAGUGUGAAUAAAUAUAAUUUAUCUGAAAAUCAAGACCAUAAUAUCGAUUAUGCGACAUCUAGAUCACCAGAAGUGUCUUCAACGACAUCAGAAGAAAAGGGCUCUAGCUCUAGUAUUUUACUUAAAAUAACCAGCGUAAAUGGAUCCAGGAGAUCCCAAAUUAAUAACGUACCCGACAUUUCAAACAAUAGUUAUAAAUUAAGCGAAAUUAAAGAUUACACUUCAAACUUUAGGCCACUUAUAACCAAAGCUGCAAAAAAAUAUAUUCCUCCUUUAAAAGAGACGCAAGAUCUUAAAGUAAAAUUAGCUUUACCUCAACAAAGUCUGAAUAAAUUAAAACAGUUGAAACUGGCUAAAGAUGAACCGUUCAUUCAAAAAAUAAACCACGUAAGUAAUCCUAUAAGACACGACUUUCCCAAGAAAAUAAAACCCAAGUUUGAAGAUGUCCUCAAAAGUAUUGAUGAAAUUCAAUUUAAAAGGCACAAAGAAAAUAGCAAGAAAACUAAACACAGUAUUCCCAAAGUAGUUAUUAAGAAAAACGAGAAUGGGGCACAUUAUGCUAGUUCUUCAAAUAAAAAGAAAUCUUAUAAUCCAGAUUUAACUGGUCGAAAGUGGCAACCCUGGGUAUUUAUAGAAAGAAAUGAAUUCGUUGAUAAGAUGGCACAAAGGAACAAAGUUAAAGCUGUAUAUUGUCACAGGAAGAAAACCUUUGUUUUGGCAGAGAAGUUUAAAAAAUAUAAAUCAAUUUGUACUGCUAAGUUCGUCAUUAGUCAACCGACUUCUGAUAACGCAUCAUCAGGCAAUUUAAAAUAUACGAUAAGGCUGAAACAUAACUACUAAGUUGCAGUUAAAUACGGUUUCAAUAACUGGUACCUAUUUAAAGUCUCCGACUGCACCGUAAUGGAUCCCACCCUAGGAUGGUCUCGUGUCUAACAUUCCUUUUAAAAUAUAUUGUAUUAUUGUAGUUACCUUUAUUAGUUUAUUACGUAGUUAUAAAACAGUAAAUGAAGCCAAAAUUUAAUUAGUGUGAAUUGUAUGUUAUGAUGAUAAUAUUUAAUAGUGCAAUUUUUGAGAUCUGUAAUAUAUUCGUUAUAUUAUUUAAAGUUUAAAAAUCAUUUGUUUUCAUUAACUCAGAUUCCAAAGUAUAGUUUAUAAAAGUUUUGUCUGUUGCACACUCUAAGCACUGAAAUAAUUUAUCUUUUUACAAUAUUGUUAUAUAUUAUAUUCAUAGAAAAAUGAUAGAAUUUGUUACUUUUAAUUUUUGUUAUUUUGUACAUAGUUUAUGAUGUGGUUGCGUAUGUCAUUCCUUUUUAGAUAUUAUUAAAUACUGAUAUUGUAUACAAAUAGUUACGUUAUGUAAUCAUUACUAAUAUUUAAAACAGUUUCGACGUGUAAAUAUUUUACUACCAUCAAAACUGUGUGAUGGUCUAUUGCUCAUGUAUUUUCUAAGCACACAAUAUAAUAUCAUUCUUUCCAUAUGAAAGAUGUACCUGUAAAUUGUAAUGUAGUAAGAUAAGGGCGGAAGUACAAAAGAGCGGGAUACAAUAAUACGUUAUGAUGAUUGUAUUUAUUGUUUUGAAAAUCGUAGUCUACAUCGAUGCAAAAUUCGGAUUUUUAUACACGCUGUUGCGUAGAAAGUAAUAAAGUUAUAGCGUGAAAUAACCAAAGCCGACACUCACAAAAUAAUGUUGAGUAAAAAUGUAUUUAUUCAAAAAGCUCCUAUAUACCAUCAACGUUUCCGAAUGAUGUUUGUGAUAACACUUCAGCUAUUCCGUAUACAUACUUUUCAUCUGCCUUAAAACACAAAGUGCCUCGGGAAAUAUUUACCUCCUGAAAACAAGUCUCCAAAUGCUACGCUUUCCUUAUUGUAAAUAAUGGGUUCACUUUUAUCCCAUUUUCAAAAAUCAGUGCCUUUUGCGAGAUAAUUCAUUUGUUUAUAACUUUAAAAACAUAGUUUGAAAUAUUCCUUUUAGUGUUAUACACUUUCAGAUAUAGUUCCAAAGAUUCCUUGUUUUUAAAAUGUUUAUUUUUGAAUAUACAAAUGGUAUUUAUAUUCAGAAUUAAUAAUAUACAAGUAGUGUGAUAGGGUAAUAUAUUUAUGAAUAUAUAUUUGCUAAUCGAACAUUUUUUGCGAUGCUUUUAAAGAUUCGGGAUGUUAUUUACACUAUUGUCCUGCCAUUUAGGGUUGAUGUAGGCCAAACGCAACAAGUGUAGAUUUUUUAUUGUAACUCUGAACAUUUUAAUAUCGCAUUUUAUUAUUUAUGAAGCAUUGGAAUGCUGUAAAACAAAAAAUUAAACUUGGCAGCACUAUUCAUAUCGAUGCGAUGACGGACGAAAUUUAAUUAAAAUCUGCAUUUGUUGGUAAUGCCACGACCCUUUGAAGUCACUGAUCUCAUACAAAUAUGCACUCAGUAUCAGAUCGCACUUUGUGCCUAACCAUAUAAAUAUAUUCAUAUUAUUACAGGGUGUUAUUUAAAUAUACCAAAUAAUGUGCUUUUAUUUACCUAUGUUGCCUUCGUAGAUAAGUGUAAUUUAAAAGUAAAAUAGUGAGUAUAAAGUGUUGAAAGUUUAGUGAUUUACUGGACUGUUUAAUUUAUUAUAGAUUUAAAUGUAAUAUUAUGUUAAAGUGGGUAUGUUUAGAAUAUUGUUAAAUAAUUGUAUCAGACAUUGUAUAUGUACAAAUGUAAUGAAAGGGUAUUUCUGUUUGAUUUUACGAUUCGUGUUUGUAAAUAUUUAAUUUCUUUUGAGGCUAAACAUAUUCGAUACCGAGUCUAUUGACUGAUAUUAAAAAAAUAUUAUUUCUUUCUAUGUUUAUGUAUUUAUUUUGAUGGUAUGCUUGUUAGCACUGUUGAGUGAUAUGUUGAGUUUUCGUGCACUUUGGUGGCCAUUGUUAUAGAAGUAACUUUAUAGGAUUACGUUAUAUUAUUACGGUUGAGCACUAUUCGUUUGUAAGGGUUAAGGAUAAAGUUUAUAUAGUUAAAAAAUUAUGUUUAAUUUUGUUUGUGUUUUAAUCGUUGAAUGCAUAUCUUAUUAUGCCAGUAACGCACGUGAUAGUGUAUCGUGAUAGACGUAAAUAUAAGCACACUCUGUAUUGAGCUACUGGAAUUCGAGUGUGUUAAGUAAAUAUUUUUAAUGGGUAUAUUAUUUUUUCGAGUGGUACCUAGUUUUGAGAAUUGUUCUAAAAAUUGACCAAAUAAAUGUGUUCUCAAUAAAA